GGGCAAGCGCGCUGCUCGGCUGCAGGGUAGUGGUCCCGGCCCGCGGCCCUGCCAUGCGGGGCCCCCCGGGCGCUGAGGCGUGCGCCGCGGGGCUCGGAGCCGCGCUCUUUCUGCUGCUCUUCGUGCUGGGGGUCCGCCAGCUGCUGAAGCAGAGGCGGCCGGCCGGCUUCCCCCCCGGGCCGUCGGGGCUGCCAUUUAUCGGCAACAUCUACUCGCUGGCGGCCUCGGGCGAGCUCGCCCACGUCUACAUGAGAAAGCAGAGCCCGGUGUACGGCGAGAUCUUCAGUUUAGAUCUUGGAGGUAUAUCAGCUGUGGUUUUAAAUGGCUAUGAUGUAGUAAAGGAAUGCCUUGUUCAUCAAAGUGAGAUUUUUGCAGACAGACCAUGCCUUCCUUUAUUCAUGAAGAUGACAAAAAUGGGAGGCUUACUCAAUUCCAGAUAUGGCCGAGGAUGGGUUGAUCACAGAAAAUUAGCUGUAAAUAGCUUUCGCUGUUUUGGAUAUGGCCAAAAGUCUUUUGAAUCUAAAAUCUUAGAAGAAACCAAUUUUUUUAUUGAUGCUAUUGAAACAUACAAAGGUAGACCUUUUGACCUUAAACAAUUAAUAACAAAUGCUGUUUCAAACAUAACCAAUCUGAUCAUUUUUGGAGAACGCUUCACUUAUGAAGACACGGAUUUUCAGCACAUGAUUGAGUUAUUUAGUGAAAAUGUGGAACUAGCAGCCAGUGCCUCAGUCUUCCUGUAUAAUGCCUUUCCAUGGAUUGGUAUCAUACCUUUUGGAAAACAUCAACAGCUAUUUAGAAAUGCAGCUGUAGUCUAUGAUUUUCUCUCCAGGCUUAUUGAAAAAGCUUCCAUCAACAGAAAGCCUCAGUCACCCCAGCAUUUUGUUGAUGCUUAUUUAAAUGAGAUGGAUCAAGGUAAAAAUGACCCAUCAUGUACUUUCUCCAAAGAAAACCUCAUUUUUUCCGUGGGUGAACUCAUCAUUGCUGGAACUGAAACUACAACCAAUGUGCUUCGGUGGGCAAUUCUUUUCAUGGCCCUUUAUCCUAAUAUACAAGGACAAGUUCAGAAAGAGAUCGAUUUAAUUAUGGGACCCACUGGGAAGCCCUCUUGGGAUGACAAAUGCAAAAUGCCUUAUACUGAGGCAGUCUUGCAUGAAGUUUUAAGAUUCUGUAAUAUAGUGCCAUUAGGAAUUUUCCAUGCAACCUCUCAAGAUGCAGUUGUACGUGGUUAUUCUAUUCCUAAAGGCACAACAGUAAUUACAAAUCUUUAUUCUGUACAUUUUGAUGAAAAGUACUGGAGAAACCCAGAAAUAUUCUAUCCUGAGCGAUUUCUGGACAGCAGUGGAUAUUUUGCCAAGAAGGAGGCUUUGGUUCCUUUUUCCCUAGGGAAAAGACAUUGCCUUGGAGAGCAGCUGGCUCGGAUGGAGAUGUUCCUGUUUUUCACAGCAUUGCUCCAGCGGUUUCACUUGCAUUUCCCGCAUGGGCUGGUUCCAGAUCUGAAGCCCCGAUUAGGCAUGACAUUGCAACCCCAGCCCUACCUCAUCUGUGCAGAAAGACGCUGAAAGUACGUGGAUGUGUGGAUGUUUUGUGGGAAAAGGCUAUCUGGUUGCCUUUUAUCCCUGAACCUUGUUUAUCUAAUCAGUGUAUGUAUUUGGGCAGAAAUUACAGCAUCAUACAGCCAAAUGAACACGGGCAUGUCUUUGAAAGCAUUACUAAAGCAAUAAUAAGCAUUAGCUAUGGUUUUUUCCAAGCUUUCAUGGCUCCUAAGGUGGGAUUAUCUGUGGAGGAAAACAAAGGUGCAAAUGACAGGUUUUGCUUAAGUAAGAAGGGCCGUGGAUGCCCUUGGCAGAGCCCGACUUUUCACCCUCUUCUUGAGCACCAGGUACCCUCUUCCUUUCUUGACUCCAUCUUGCUCCUGUCCUGGGGGUUUGCUUCCAAAUGCCAGUUGCAUUUCCCUUCUGAUCAGGUAUUAUCAUUAAUGGGUAGUGUGGUAGGGAGUCAAUUUUAAUAGAGGAAUAAAGAAAUUAGAACCUAAAUAAAUUAAUUUGGAGUACAGAGGUAUUUUAGACACAGUGGCAGAUAAUAGAAGAAAUAUCUAUGUAUUUUAGAACCUGCCAGUGCUUUCAAAUCUUGCUCCCUGUGAUGUUUUCAUAAGAAUUACAUUGUUCUUACAAAUGAGGGUCCCUAACCCCUGAAUAUUCAUUCCUAUAGAACCAUUUCAGUAAAAGGAAAUUACAAGAAUGUAAUUAUAAUAAAAAUGACCUCCUAAAAGUGAUUAUUAAUUCUUUAUGGGCAGAGACAUUUUUCCUAGUACCACUUUUUUCUUAACCAAUCUCAGGUCUUUUUUUUUUUUAAAGAUUUUAUUGAUUUAUUCAUGAGAGACACAGAGAGAGAGGCAGAGACACAGGCAGAGGGAGAAGCAGGCUCCUUGCAGGAAGCCUGAUGUGGGACUCAAUCCUGGGACUCCAGGAUCAUGCCCUGAGCCAAAGGCAGGUGCUCAACUGUUGAGCCACCCAGGCAUCCCCCAAUCUUACGUCUUAAAGAUGGAAUUGUUUUACCUUUUAGAGCUCUCCAGGCAUUUCCAUGGAUUGCUGUUAUUUUUCUGAAGAUAACACUAUACAAAUAAAAAAAAAAAAACAUGCUUUAGAGCCAGGGUAAAUGUAUAUGUUGGGACACUUGAGAAUGAUGAGUGUCUAGUAAUAAUGAUGCCAGGAAAAUAAGUGUGAACUAUGACUGGCCUAUCAAACUGGUAUGUAUAUUAUUCACCCACUUACAGUUUUUUUUAACAUGAUUUCUUCCAAGAUUGUACAUCAAGAGUUUCUACUCUUGUAACGUAGCUCAUGAAUAGUUGUAGCCUUAAAGUAAAUGCACAUAAUAACGACUUCUAUUAAGAAUAUGAAUUUAACCUUAAUAACCUUAUCUGUUGAAUAUUUUCAAGUUUCUGUGUGAUGAAUUAGGAGUCUUUGCAUCUCUGAUAUAUUGAGACAUUUGUGGUUGCAAGAGGAAAAAGUCCUGGACAAAUUUACAUAACUAAUAAAGGAGAAAUUUGGUGGUAUUUUGGCAGUUUUAGGGUAGGUAUGACCUACAUGUUCCAUGGUAUAAUCAAAUAAAUGUCUGUUUGCAUUUCUCAGUUUUGCCUCCCAGAUGGUAUCAGCUUUAAUCUUAAGAUUGACUCAUGGAAGUACAUGUGCUUUGCCUCCUUGUUGAGACCGUGAGCUUGGGUUGUUUCUGGGGAAGUUAGGGAGCUUUUCAGGUAUUCUCCCCAAACUGUUCUUUGUGUCCUAAGUUAUGUGCCCAUUUUUUAAAACUAUGUCUUUUGAGUGGGAUUAUGGUUCACUGAUACCUGACUACUAGAGUCAGUGAUGGAGUUGGUUUCCUCCAAAGAACAUGUGCUAUAUUGGGGUAGUAUAGUUACCUAAACAAAAAUAAAGAGAGUUAUGAAGAGAAGAGGAACUCUGGACUAGCAGAUUAAUUACAAUAUCUGCCUCACUGCCCUCUAACUGCUUCCUAAGCUAAGCAACUCUUCCACCUGCUUCCCUGACUCUUGACAGAUCUGUUAAUUCAGGUUACUUUUUAAUUUUUGCUUUUCCUUUGACACAGCGAGUCUCUCAUCCCUGGCCUCCUACUUGCUGUCAUAUCUCAUAUAAAUGCCUAGGUGGAGCUCUACAGACUGGGGAUUCUGGAAGCUUGGUAGACUUAGCAAAGAAAUUUAGUGAACUGGAGCAGGUUAUAAUCAAAAUUAAGGAGGCCUCAUUUUGCUCUUGAAUACUAUCAUUAUUCUAGGAUGAUUAAGACCUUCAUAAAUCUACAGAGAAUAAAAGAACAUGCUAUUUAUUUUCUAUACCUUGUAUCUAAAGAAAUUUUUUUUUUUUCUUGCUGAAGUUAAUGCCAAUGUGACAAAAAUAAUUUAAAAAUGUAGAUUUAGGGCAGCCCGGGUGGCUCAGCGGUUUAGCACCACCUUCAGCCCAGGGCCUGAUCCUGGAGACCUGAGAUCGAGUCCCAUGUCGGGCUCCCUGCAUGGAGCCCGCUUCUCCCUCUGCCUGUGUCUCUGCCUCUCUUUCUCUCUGUGUCUCUCAUGAAUAAAUAAAUAAAAUCUUUAAAAAAAAAUUAUAGAUUUAUGAGACACCUGAGUGGCCCAGGUUGAGCAUCUGCCUUUGGCUCAGGGCAUGAUCCCAGUUUAGGGAUCAAGUUCCACAUCAGGAUCCCUGUGAGGAGCCUGCGUCUCCGUCUGCCUAUGUCUCUGCCUCUCUCUAUAUCUCUCGUGAAUAACUAAAUAAAAUCGUUUUUUUAAAAUGUAGAUUUAUAACUUUUAAAAGGUAAAACAGCUUUACUCUCACUUAAUGUGCUCAUGUUAUAGCCAAAUAAAUAGGGGUUCAAACAGGAAAUGAUUCCUCUAGUUCAUAGCAGAGGCAUGUCUUUCAUACCAUACUCUUUGUACUCCUAAUAAUUUAUACCAUGCUUUACAGUUAAUUAUAAAGUGAUUUUUUAUAUAGUUUGGAGCCAAGUAAUAACUGUGGUAAAAAUAAAAUAUUGCAUUUUUAGAAAAAUGUAAAUUAACAGAAAUUAGUAAGAACUCCAUAUGGAAAAUAUUUUUUUUUAAAGAUUCUAUUUAUUUAUUCAUGAG